UUGUACAGUGUAUGUGAGGGAGUGCAAGAGGACAAGAUGAAGCUGAAUUACUUUGUCGGCAGUCUUUUGGUCAUGAUGUGUACCAUUGAUGUUUGUACAGCAAAUGAACCCUCAAUAUCAUGUUGUACAGAAAAGGACACAACGCCAAUCAAAGCUGAAGAAAUCGUGAGCUAUGUACUUGAAAAUCCACCAUGUUAUAUAGGAGCUGUAAGGUUUCUUUUAAUAAACAACAGAACCAGGUGUUCUGAUCCAGAGAGACUUUGGGCCAAGCGUGCCAUAAAGAUAAUAAAUAUUAGAAAUACAACAAAAGCACCAAAAACCUCACCAUCUUCUACCACAUCAUGUACUUUGGAACUAACCACCUCAACGACACAGACUCCUACAGCCUUCACAGCUACCAAGUUACCACCAUGGACAACAACAACAGGCACCACAGAGAAAUUAUUUAAUGAAAGAACAAGUGCCAUUAGAACACCCACUAAUAUGCCGACACAAACGUCUACAAGGUUGACCACUGGAAAUUGGAGAGAAUCCACUAUCACACCUAUACCUACACCAGAGACAAUUAAAGAGACAGAUUUCACUGUGACUGUGACUGACAGCUCAACAUCUACAAAAUACACCAAUCAUACAUCACGGAUGCUGGAAUCAUCUCAGAAAACCAAAAUGCAGAGCAACAAAAAAACAAAAACGGUAACUGGGGUAUCCCAAAUUGCAGAGAAGGAAAGGGAAGCUCUCCACUCGACUGAACGUUUUUGUCUGCAGUCAGAGACAGAAGAAACAUGGUUCUGUUACUAUGAUUAGCUUAAAUUUAUUUGUUGUUUUUAGUCACAUGGUUUUGUAUCUUUACUGAAAAGUGUGUACAUUUGUAAAUUAGCCUUUUAAUGUUUGAACAGAAUGUUUUACGCAGAGAAUAUAAAUAUAACGCAGUGCUUAUAUAUGUCAAGAUCAAGCCAACAAACGUGUGACUAAAACGAGUAAGAAUUGCUCGUGUGUGUAUGUUAUUCGCUAAAUUUUACUGUCACAAGAAGAAAUAUUUAAUCCAGCAAAUUUAAUUUGAAAUUGCAAAACGAAUAAAAAAAAUGCAAUACAUAUGAUUUUAGUCAUUUUUAUUCAAUCAUUUAUAUUUAAACUGCUGUCUUCAAUACUGCAGUACAAAGAAAUGGUCAAUAAAAAUCAAAUAUAUCCAGCAGACUGCUACUGCU